AUGGGCAGUCUGUACCAGUCGGAACCAUCUGUAGUCAAGACAAGAAACGGAAGCGUAUUGUCUCGGGGCUUCAUCCUAAAGACAGAUCAUUAUCCGUCAGUAGGUCGCGCUCUCGACUUGGAUUUGAAUGUCCACGGUGCACCCAACUUUCGUGCGCCUCGUAUUGGCAAUCUCAACGUCUUCGGAGUCGCCCAGCCACGAACCCAGGGUCUUAGGGCUAUUCUUUCUGUUCUUAGAUGCACGCCAAACACCUCAGAUCCUUCUCAUGUCGUCUGGUUUUCCACCAGAGAAGAGCCCAUUGUAUACAUAUCUGGAAGACCUUUUGUUUUGCGAGAUGCAUCUGAGCCCAAAAGGACACUCUCCCUCUCUGAUCGUGCUGAAAAUCUCGAGGCCAUCGAGCUCAGAUUGAAGAAUGACAUAUUACAUGAAGCCAGCAGGUUUGGUGGCCUCCUACUAACUCACAAUGAAAUGGCUACCGAUAGCGGAGAAGGCGCUAUAUUGCCGACGUGGACAGCUGUUGACACCAAUAAUGUCAAGACCUCGCGCGAACUCUGGAAUUUUAUGAAAGAGAGUGGUUGGAAUGUUGAUUAUCACCGAAUACCCAUUUCCCCCGAUCGUCCUAUAGAGGCAAGUCCCAAAGGCUUAUUUGAUAAUUAUCUGGACGCCUAUCUACGCGUCAUUAAGCAAACUGAUCCUUUGCGCACAUCUUUAGUGUUCUCUUGUGGUAUGGGCGCAGUACGAACGACGUUCGCUAUGGUUGCAGCGUCCAUCGUCCGACGUAAACAACUCAUAUCUAAGGGCUUGCCGGAUCCAUAUCCUGCGAAAGGUUUCCAAAGCACCAGCGGCACAAAUUCAAUUGUCAUUCAUGUUCAAACUUAUCAGGACACCGAGAGCCGACUUCUACAGUCUAUGGAACAGGCCAACACCCAACAGGAACUCAGUAAAUCUCUUUUAAGGCUCACAUACCUCCUUCAGCACAUCUUGCAGGACAAGAACUCUCAGUCUGCUAUUGAACUUCUUAUCACUCAGCCAACUCUCCUGGAAAACCUACGGAGGGCUCACAUGGGUAACUACGGCAUCAUCCUCAGCCUAUUGGGUUGUUUAGACCAGGGCCUUCAGGCAAAGAAAUUGGUCGACCGCAUCAUCGAUGCUGCGGAUCAUGUUACAAACUUACGUGAAGACAUCCUUAUACAUCGUAUCAAGUACUCUCUUAUCAGCAUGGAAGGUGAGAAGGGAGAAGUGUUGAUUGAGAAGUCCAGGCGCGCGCUGGAGAAAUACUUCUUUAUUAUAGCGUUUGCGAGUUACGUUGAUAGUUCGGAAGAUUUUAGUGAGAGUUUCUCGGACUGGCUGAAGGCUCGAAUAGAGAUUUGGAAUCAAGUCAUGUUCUUGCGCAAGUCAUUUGGGACAAGAUUGAAUGUGUUUGCACCUGUGAACGAUUUGUCUUCGCUAUCCAAGUCUGGCUCUGAGGGCAGAGCUCUGGUCCCCGGAAGGAAUAACGACGUGGCCAUAGCAGGAGGCCAAAUUCUAGGAGAUGAAUUCUCGACACACGUCAUAAAGCAUCGUAGCGGUAUCAUUCUACGCGAAAGCACAUUGUUAAAGUCCGACCAGUGGUUCAGUCAGGGGCAUAGCGUUGAUGAUGGUGUCCGUGGGGCCAUCAACUUCAGGCGAGUGCCGGGAACAAAUGUCUAUGCUUUGGGGCAACCAACUAUCGAGGCGAUUGACGAAGUUGUGGGCCGAAUCAAGGAUGCUCAUCCGUCUGCACAAAGAGUUAUCUGGAUCACACUGAGGGAAGAGCCUAUUAUCUAUAUCAACGGAGCACCCUACUGUCUUCGCAGGGAAGGGUUCUCGUUACGAAACAUGAAAGACUACGGCGGCAUUUCCGCUUCUCGGCUGGAGGUCCUUGAGCAGCGCCUACGAGAUGAUGUCGUCUCAGAAGGACAAGCAUUUGGGGGACGUGUGCUCCUCCACUCUGAGACGGCUGAUGGUACCGUCGUGCCGAUUUGGGAAGAGGUCGAAGGUGAUAAUGUAGUUGUUCUCAAAGAUGUCAUGACCAGCCGAAAGUCGACGCAAGGGAUUGAACUCGUUUACGAUCGCAUCCCCAUCACCGCAGAGCGGCCGCCUGAUUUUUCUGACCUUAGCGAGAUGAUCGAUGUCGUGUUGCGUUCAUCGAGGGACACGCCCAUUGUCGUUAACUGCCAACUAGGCCGGGGACGGAGCACAUUGGCCUCGAUUAUCCUCUUGCUCAUCCGACAGUGGCUGGAUUCGUGUCGUACCCCUCAAACACCUCACUUUAGACUCCAACGUACCAUCUCAAUGUCUACCAUGUCACCGAUAGAACAUACUUUGUCGUCAUCCAAGCGACGCCAGUCCUACCAGGUCAUCAAUAACCUUCUGCGAGUGUUCAGAAAAGGUUUAGAUGUCAAGAACAUCGUAGACGACGCCAUAGACCAAUGCGAUGUAUUCUACAACCUUAGAGAGUCUAUUGAAGAGAAUCGCAUCAGAGCCGAACAAGCGACGGACGAGAAACAGAAAAAGUUGCAUACUCAGAAGGCUUUGCAUAACUUGAGGCGGUAUUUCGAUCUGAUUGUGUUCCAGGCCUAUCUGCAAUCUACAGAGCCGGACACCAUGGACAACUUUGAAAGUGUGGAGACUUUUGUGAAAAACCGACCAGUCAUCAAGACGUUCGAGAAGGAGCUGCUUGCUGACGGUAUAAAUGCCCUCAAGCCUCUGGAGCAGUCAAACCUCACUCAGGGUGUCGCACAUCCUGAUGAGGUCCAUCAAGUCGUCACCAAUCGCUCCGGUAGCAUUCUUUCAGCAUCAACCAUAUUGAAGAGUGAUUUCUUCUCAAAUUUACAGAAGAUGACGCUCCCAGAACGCAUCGAAGGAUCACCCAAUUUCCGUAGAAUUCCACUGACGCUCUUACUCUCCUCUUCUGGCGAAUCCACUCCGACGGUAGAACAAGACCAAGCAUCCAUUGCCCCUGACGGGAAAAUGGUGUGUGGGAGCGGUAUGCCGACAGUAGAUGGUUUAAGGCGAGCACUCAAACGUGUAGACGCUGGGUUCGGUGGGCAGAAUAUGGUUUAUUGGACAUCUCUGCGAGAGGAACCUGUAAUUUAUGUUGCGGGGAGGCCCCAUGUUCUCCGUCUUGUAGACAAACCUCUCGAGAACGUAGAAGCGACAGGUGUAACCACAGCUAUGGUCGAAGCUAUGGAACAGAGCUUCAAGAAAGACGUCUUGCGCGAGCUGAGGAUAGGUAAGGGACGUAUAUUGUUGCACGAUGAAGUGGAAGAGAGACCUGGUGUCUUCUCCAUUAUACCAUUAUGGGAGGAGGUGGAGGAGAAAGAUAUUUUGACCCCUCGCGAUGUAUUCGACCUUAUGACAGCAGAAGGCUUCAAGCUUGACUACGGUCGAAUAGCAAUCACCGACGAACAAGCUCCCCUACCGGAUGCGCUGUCGUUGCUCUUGGAACGCGUCAAAUCGGGGCUGUCAAAGGCCGGUGAUUUCAUCUUCAAUUGCCAGAUGGGGCGAGGACGAACGACUACGGGGAUGGUGACUGCGUGCUUGAUAUCUACGAUAAUGAACUGGAACAGCCAAGCGAACGAUAUCUUAUCCCAUGACGAGGCUGCUGGGGUUUUCGAUUCAAUGGAUGGCUAUUCGGAGGAAGAGGUCUACAGGCGAGGAGAGUACAAGACAAUUCUUCAGCUCGUCGGUGUCUUAUCACACGGCAAGGUGGCUAAACGUUUAGCGGAUAGAGCGAUCGACCAGAUGCAAGAUGUUCAAAAUCUACGAAAGACGAUCUACGACUAUAAGCUGAAGGUUGACGCAUGCGAGAAAGGCAGUUUGAAGGAGCGCAAAUUGCGCAAUGUGACCGUUAACUACCUGUACCGGUACGGGAUGUUAAUCGUGUUCGCCAACUACCUCAUCGAAGUUCGGGAGAGCAAGGUCGAGAUUAUCUUCGCAGAAUGGCUCUCUGGGCAUAGGGAAAUCACGAACCUGUUGAGUCGGCGUUCGCUGGACUGA